UCUCUCUCUCUCUCUCUCGGACAGGCUCUUCGGUUUCAGUUCGCGGGCUAAAAGGUUUCCCGACGAAGUAGAAAAAUGUCGGCACCGCGGCACGGCGGAGGUCCGGGCCAGCGCGCCGCCGCCAGGGCGGGGCGAGAGAAGGUCGUUGUCGCCGUCAGGGCGGAGAAGGUCGUCUCCAAGGCCGCGCUGGCGUGGGCGCUCUCCCACGUCGUCCAGCCCGGCGACAACAUCACCUUGCUCGCCAUCUUCGCGUGCAAGCGACCAGGUCGGAUCAGGCUGUGGAAUUUCGCGAGAAUGAGCGGGGAGUGCGGGACCGGCAACCGAGAGGAGCUGCUGGAUCGGAUUUCUCGGAUCUCCGACUCGUGUUCUCUGAUGGUGAUGCAGUUCCACGAUCAAGUCGAGGUUAGAGUGAGGAUAAAAGUGGUUUCUGAUAAACCUGGCGGUGUGGUGGCGGAUGAAGCACGCAAAUGCGGGGCCAACUGGGUCAUACUGGACAAGGACUUAAAGCAAGAAUCGACUCAUUGCUUGGAGGAAGUUCGCUGCAAUAUAGUGGUGAUGAAGGGUUCUCAAGCGAAAGUUCUCAGAUUGAAUUUAGGAUGUUCAAAUGAACUCCAGACCCCCUUCUAUUCCGCUACUUCUUCUCCAUGUGUGGAUGACGGAGAGUUCAAUACCUACAGGAUGAAGCAUUCUACUCCAGUCACCAGUCCUGAAUUGUUUAGCCCUCUUACAAGAACUACCAGAGAAAGUUCAUCAUCAAGUUAUGACACAGUUGGGUCUUUUUUUCAUUUAUACGAAAGAAAUCCACUUGAAGGACAGAGGAAGGGAUGUCAUUCACCAUAUUUGACAAAGAAUGAGUUCAAAUACCCCUUUUCGGUACUUGAAUCGUACGGGGAAAAGGUUGUGACUCUCUCGAAAACCUUAUCAUCUCUAUCAGUUGACAGUAGUAAGGUUUAUUGGAUUCCCCAAAAUCAUAUGCUUGAUGUAAAGCGUCUCCCCACUGGGAACGAUCAAAAAGCUACCCAAACCCAUAAAAGUAUCUCCAGAAGAUGGUUUAACAAGUUUAUUAGACAUAAUCACAGUCAAAUGAGUACUGGGAGCAUAGGGCAAAGGCAAGCCCAACAACCAGAUCAGGUUGUCAAUGCAAGCAUAAGGGAUGUAGUCUCCUUAGGCAGAACUUCCUCAGUGCCACCUCCCCUAUGCUCGCUAUGUCAACAUAAGGCACCAACUUUUGGAAAACCCCCUCGGAGGUUCUCAUAUGCGGAACUAGAGGAAGCAACAGAAGGAUUUUCAGAUUCGAAUUUUCUGGCAGAAGGAGGUUUUGGAUUGGUCCACAGGGGGAUUCUCAGUAAUGGACAGGUGGUAGCGGUGAAGCAGUUGAAGUUUGGUGGAGCCCAAGGAGAUGCUGACUUUUGUAGGGAGGUGAGGUUGUUGAGCUGCGCACAACAUAGGAAUGUUGUGCUAUUGAUUGGAUUUUGCUCCGAGGGCAGCAAAAGAGCUCUAGUCUAUGAGUACGUGUGCAAUGGAUCCCUGGACUUCCAUUUGCAUGGAGGUGAUAGCGACACUCUAAAUUGGGAGUCCCGACUCAAAAUUGCUAUUGGCGCUGCAAGAGGCUUAAGAUAUCUUCAUGAGGACUGUAGAGUUGGCUGUAUCGUACACAGAGAUAUGCGACCUAAGAAUAUCCUCUUGACUCACGAUUUUGAACCCCUGGUAGCUGAUUUUGGACUCGCUAGAUGGUACUCUGGAAAUGAGAUUGGCCCAGAGGAGCUAGUCAUCGGAACUUCAGGAUAUCUUGCACCAGAGUUUGUUGAUGGAGGAAAAAUCUCGGAAAAGGUUGAUGUCUAUGCAUUUGGAGUGGUACUUUUAGAGCUGCUGACAGGGCGAAGAAUCAUCGAGCUGCAAUUCAAGGGAGAAAGUUUUUUUGCUCAGUUGUUUGGCACCUUUGCUGCACAUGAAUCAAAAGAAGUCAAAUCCAACUGUUUUUCAUUUAUAGACCCAUGCUUGGCCGCUAACCAAUCUCAAGAUUUUGGCCAUCAGCUACAAGUAAUGAGCCAUGCUGCUUUAUCGUGUCUGCAUCCAGAUCCUGAAUCAAGACCUCCAAUGUCAAAGGUUGUUAGAAUACUAGAAGGACAGUCCCUCAUGCCCUUAGCCUUGGAUCUGAAUGCAGCUGGUAGUAGGAGCGGUCACCUAAAUGGAGUGUGCUCUCGCAUGCAUACUGAAACUAUGAGAAGCCACUCACGGAAACAUUCCCACUGAGAACCAAACAUGUGAUCGAGAGGAUUGUGUCAGCUUAUCUAGCUCUUGAGAAGCAACAGAGAACUUGUUCUAAGUGUGGCGGUAUGCUGCCUGGGCAUUCUUGGUGUGCAUGAAUGUUUGGAAACCCUCAUCUCUGUCGCCAUUUAACGGCUGCUGAAUGCUUAGCAUGCUUCACAGCGUUGAAGUUACAUAGGAAUUUUUUCAUAGAUUUGUGAUGUUAGGUAUACGCGGCAUAUUUUUGUACUUAUAUAGUGGUUCGCUCUGAUUUUCGGUU